AUGGCAUCAGAAAUCACCUAUGCUGAGGUGAAGUUCAAGAAUGCAUCACCAGCUGCAGUGGCUGAAGCACCUCCUGAGACGAAGAAGCAUGAGCACCAUCCCCAGAAAUACCCACUCUGUCUCCCGUGGCUGAUUUCACUGAUGCUUCUCUUGGUGUGCAUUGCCCUCAUUAUUGCUCUCCUUGUAGUUGCUCCCUUCUCCUGUGGCAGGGACCAACCCACAGCCCUGCAGCAGACAUUCAAGGAGUGGCAGUGCAGCUCAGCAGGGCUGCAAGGCAAAGAGAGAGGCUGGAUGUGCUGCCCGAAUGGCUGGAAACUUUUCCAAAAUAGCUGCUAUUAUCUGUCGGAUGAUAAAAUGUCCUGGGCUGAGAGUGAGCAGAACUGCACUGGGAUGGGCUCCCAUCUGGUGGUGAUCAACAGCAAAGCAGAGCAGGGGUUCCUCUUUAAGGAACUACACCGUUCCUCAAGAGGAGAGAAUUACUACAUCGGUCUGAGUGCACAGAAGGUGGGCCAGUGGCACUGGGUGGACCAGACUCCACUGAAUGAGUCAGCAGCGUUCUGGCGGGCACGUGAACCAAGUAAUGUGGAUGAUGAGAAGUGUGUUGUAAUCCACACAAGCACAGGUCAGCCCAACAACUGGAACGAUGUCAGAUGCGGAAACCAGCAUCGAGUCUGUGAAGCUGCAGCAGUAACUGUGUGA